AUGUUCGCCAAUCGGGAAAAGGGGCGGGAACGAGAGACUCUGGCGGGAACGAGAGACUCUGGCGGGGAAGGAGAAGCGGACAAGACUGCUCGUCUUGUGAGCGACUGUUUCAAGCCGUGGAGCGGUGAGAAAUGCCAGCGUACCCGGUCAAGAGAGAGAAGCCGGCUGGAGCGGGAGUCGCAGGACUGCUCGUCUUGCGAGGGGCUCGCCACAAGCUGCGGACAGCGGAGAAUCACCAGCACAGCGCUUCGGAGAGGGAGAGUAAAUUCGCCCUACGGGAGGGAAAGACCGUGGGAUGAAGGAAAGAUAUUUGGAGCACGCCUGGAAUUGGGUGGACUGUUUGCGAGUGGAGUGCCAGACCUAAGGUUGAAGGAUUUAGCCUGCUGUCAAGUCCUCCUGGAACGUUACAUCCCCAGUCCUGAGGGUCUGUGCGGAGUGCGUGAAGCCGUGUGCACCCUGAGCCAGCAGAAGCUGCAUGCCAUUGAGGACAGCAUGUACGACAACAUUGACUUCUUCAAGCUCUUCCACUUGCUUCCCAGGGUGCUUGACCACCACACUGCUGGCCCCAAUCUGCGAUUGUGGGGCAAAGUGCUCUUGGGCACCUCCAAGAAGUUGCACCAGUUCAGGUAG